AAUUAAUAUUUUUUUUUCCAUAAAAAAUGACAUGGAAGAUGCUCUUUCUCGUCGCCGGUGGGGACGGAAGAAAUUGAUCGUCGAUUCCGAUGCUAUCCCCAAGUCCAGGAUUGUAAAGAAAUGGUGUAUGAAUGGACUGGGAAGUGUCGGAGUUGCCAAGGUUCAGGAUUUUUCCAUUUUUCUAAUAAAAGGGAAGAGGAGGUUGUCUGCAAAUGCUGACCUUGCCUUGGAAUUGGUUACGUGCAAAAGACAACAACACGCAAGGAUAUAAAAGUAAUGGAGGAUUUGGACAAUGGAAAACCACCUUGACCCAAAUAAAUAUAAAAUUUUAUUUCUUUUUCUCUCCUUCUCAUUUCUCUUUUGCUACACAGUAAUCUUUGGUAAAAUUUUCAGUGAGUCCAUCUUUAUCCAAAUUUUCAUCUAUCUUUAUCCAUGUUUUCAAAUUUGUUUACGUUAGAAAACAUUUGUAGAUGGUGAAAGGAAACCUCCACAUAAGGAUAUGUUUUUCUACACAACCAAGCAAAUGUAAAGUAACUUUCUCAAAGAAUCAAGAAUUUGUUCUUUUCCCAUCUUUGAUUCAUUUCUGUCACCACCCCUCUCCGUUCAUCAUUUAUCUUAUCCGUUGCCUUUGGAAUCUUUUGUUAUGUAGUUGCGUAUACGCUGUUAAGCAGUGAAAGCUAACUUUGCGUUGUCCUCCCAACUUUAGCAUCUGAAUAUCUACAUUUUUUUUUUCUCAAACAUAAUAUAAAGACAUCUAGGUCUACCAGUCUAAGAAUAAAGUCGAUCUUUUUUGUGGUCUAAGCUAUUGCUCUCACUAUUCAACACACCAUCAUCAGAUGUCAAAGUUGAGUUUUCUUGAAUUCAAGUACCACCUUUCAGAAAGGAAAUUCUUGCGGAAACCAACACGAAUGUUUUCCUUGGGGGAUGGACAAAAUUCCAGCUUAUUGCCUGCUUACCAGCCGAAUAUAGAUGAGAUGAAGCAAGUGUUUGACAAAUUUGAUUCCAACAAAGAUGGGAAGAUCUCUCCGGAUGAGUACAAGGCCAUACUACGAGCACUCAAAAAGGAAGACACAAUCAAAGACGUACCAAAUAUAUUCAAGGUUGCUGAUUUGGAUGGAGAUGGUUUUAUUGAUUUCAAUGAGUUUGUGGAAGUGCAGAAGAGGGAAGGCGGGUUGAAGACAACGGACAUGCAGUGUGCAUUUCGGACAUUUGAUUUGGAUGGUGAUGGGAAGAUAAGCGCGGAGGAAGUGUUUGAGUUGUUGAAGAGGCUCGGAGAGAAGUGCAGUUUACAAGACUGUCGGAAAAUGGUUAGGGCAGUGGAUGCGAAUGGGGAUGGUGUGAUUGACAUGGAUGAGUUUAUCACCAUGAUGACUCGCACCAUGAAGCUUUGCUAGGCUUUUUCUUUUCUUUUUAUUUAUUUAUUUAUUUAUUUGUAUAAUGGUUUUGUGAUAUACUGAUCUUACCAUGUUAUUGACCUUAGCUGCUUCUGCUUCAAAAAACUGAUUUAAUUAACUGAUGCUUUAGUAGGAUGUUAACAACCUUCUAUAUUUACCAAGAAUGGUGGUCAAAUAGGCAUUGUUAUAUAAGAAGAUACUAAAAUAUUCUUCCCCUGCCAUAUAAGAAUUCUUGGACCCUCUUUUUUUUU